UCCGAACACGGCUCAGUCUUUCUCGCUCGUCAUUCUUCAAAAUUCAAAACUCCCAAACAUUUCCUUUCUUUCCCUCAAUCUCAACCCAAAUCUCUCAUCUUUCCUGCUUCCUGUGUUGCGGUGUUUUAUUCCAUGGGAAACUACGUUUCCUGCACCUUGUCUGCGCCGUUGGGGAAGUCGUCGAAGUCGAUAAAGGUGGUUUUCCCUGGAGGAGAAAUUCGGCAGCUUUCCGCACCCACCAAGGCGGCCGAGCUCAUGCUCGAGACACCCAAUUUCUUUCUAGUUAAUUCUCGGUCGCUUCAAAUUGGCCGCCGGUUUUCGCCUCUAAGUGCUGACGAGGACCUUGAGCUUUCCAACGUCUACGUCAUGUUCCCCAUGAAGAGAGUCAACUCUACGGUUACCGCGGCCGACAUGGGUGCUCUGUUUCUCGCAGCCAACUCUGUUUCCAAAAGGGGGUUUGUCGGCAAGGUGAGGAUCUUACCGGAAUCCGGGGAUUUGUCCCCGGAUAAAAAUGAGGCUGUGGAGGUGAGGGCGGUGCCGAGGCUUAACUUGGAUGACAUUGAAGAUUUCUCUGCUCCGGAGUUCAUGCAUAGGUUUUCCAUGUCAAGGUCUAGGAAACCAAUGUUGGAAACCAUUGCAGAGGAACCUAUUUGUUCGAGAUGAUCGAUGCUGCUGGAUUUGUUGUUUUUGGCAUCUGUAUGGAUGAAUCAAAGAUUGGAAGUACAGGUAUUGAAGAAUGUUUUGGAAUUUGAACCAGAUCAGACAGAAUAUAGAAGAGAGAAAAAUCAUCAAAUGUGGCCAUAUGUUGUUUUUUCUUGGUAUUCCUUCUUUUUGUUCUGGUGAUCCUGUCUGUAAGGAGUCAUAGGCUGGCAAUAGGGUACCCAUUACAUGAUUAUUUGUAUGUAUGUACCUUACUUAUAUUCUCUUCAAAAUGAUAAUAAAAACAAUAUUUUUGU